CUGCAGCUUUGCCAAAGUUCUGUCAGAGUUCUCAGGGCAGACAGGAAUCCAAGGUGUGACUUCAGCAAUCCAGAUUAGACUUUGCCUGACUCAAGGAAUGCCAGAAAGCAGAUCCUUUAUAUAGGCCAUGGGGUGUGGCUCCAUGACUCAGCACUUAUCCAGGCCUGCCCCUCCCUUCCUUUUGCUGACGUCGCCUCUCCAUUCUCCGGAAGCGUGGAUCUGUCCACCCUCCAGCUGCCGGCAAUUCCAGCUCGUGACUGGCUUCAUGCUCCUCAGGCUCACAUGCUGUGGGGGAGGGGUUUAUUUGCUCAGUCUGUCCGGGCAUGGUGCCAGGACUGGGGGCUGGAGGCAUGCCAGGCCGUUUGUCUGCACUAUCAGUCCCUGGCUGAGAUAACAGGAGAUGAGAGGGGCCCGGCUGCGGAGAGGGGGGCGGACGAGGCACAACACAUCUCUUCUUUGCCAAGUGUGGGUAAUCUGGUUAAUCGCCAGCUUUUCUCUUUUUCUCCUCCCAACCAGAGUCGGCUGUCAGCGAUGUUGCAGUGCAGACAUGCUCAGGAAUUUAGCUUUGGGCCCCGGGCAUUGAAAGAUGCUUUGAUUUCCACCGAUCCUGCCCUGCAGGAUCUUUACGCCAAAGCUUUCUCUAGCACCGAAAAACUCUUCCUCUCCGAAGCUUACAACCCACGCCGGACCCUUUUCUGCAGUUUGUUCAUCAGGACGGCUUUUGAUUGGCUGCUCAGCCACCCGGAUGGUCCCGAGGAUUUUGAGACCUUCUACUACACGCUCCUAAAGAAAAAGCAACGGUUCUGUCGCAAGCACAUCUACCUGCAACCCAUCGACCUAAGCGAAGGGCCCGUGGGAAUUUCUCUCCUGGAUUCCCUCCGGAGCUGCGUGGAGUCUUUCUUCCUGGGUCUCCGAGUCAAGUGCCUUCCUUCCGUCUCCAUCUCUUCCAUCCACUGUUGUUACCGUCACAAUCAGGAUUCGGACAGGAGGCAGCUUCACACAGAUGGCAUCUUGACCUUUCUGAAGAACAACAAGCCGAUGGACGCUCUCUGCGUCUUGGGCCUCACCCUCGCUGACCUCUACCCGUGUGAGACGUGGCGUUUCACCUUUGGCAAGUUCUUGCCAGGCCAAGAAGUGGGCGUCUGCAGUUUUGCCCGAUUUUCCAGCGAUUUCCCCCAGGUGGCUUGCCCGGCUUUCAAUCCAUCUCCACGCCGACAGGAAGCUCGUGACGAAGAAGAAGUGGAACUAGCCAGGAAGCAAACUUUGUUGUUUAACAUGUUGGAAAUGCUCCAGUGUUGCAAGGUCACGUGUCAUGAGAUCUGUCAUCUGAUCGGCUUGGGGAACUGCCGUUGGCUUCAGUGCAUCAUGCAAGGGGCCCUCAGCUUGGAUGAGAUCCUGCUGCGGCCGCUGGAACCGUGUCCCAUAUGUCUCCGGAAGCUGCAGUACGUGGUGGGCUUCAAGCUCAUCGAGCGCUACAGGAAACUCUACGCCUGGAUGCAGACGAUUUCAUCUACCUGGCUCAACCAAGACUCGACGGAUCUCUCCGUCUCGGAGGACAUUUGGCCACCCAGUGCAGACUCGGGGAUGGGUGGCGAGAACGAUUCCGAGGCCGUCACCCCCCUCUCGGAGCCCUUGACCCCAGACUCUUGCAGCCAAGCCACGUCCACCUUGCAGGAUCUCGACCUGGAUGAGCAGUCAACGUCUUUGGCCAGCGUCCCAGACCAGGAACAAUUGGCCAGGGGCAGCGGGACCCCCAAACCCUUGGACAUGAUCAAGGAAUACAAACGGUGGCUCGAGAUGUGCAUCGCGGCUCUCGAAAAGGAUGUGUCGGAAGACGAAAUCCAGCAACUGGACAAGACCGUGGAUGCCCUGGCCCGAUGGGAGAUGUUCACGGGCCAGCUUCCGCACAGGCGGAAAGAUUUCCAUUUCCCCAACGACAGCCCUGGGUUGAGGAAAGUUCUCGGAGACAAAUUCUCCUCCUUAAGAAGGAAACUGAACUCCAGAAAACUGGCCAGAGGGGAAUCUUCUCCUCACCACUGGAAGUGGGAGGAGAGUUAGGUUCUCGAGACAUUUUGCAGCCUGUUGUUUUUUUUUUCUUCAAAAAAAACCAACGAUGGAUUCCUGUGUGGGCUUGGUGAAGUCUCGUUUCUUGGAUGACGGCUCGUCUUUUCAACUGCACAUUCUUAUUGUUUCCUCGGAUGAAAAAGAA